AUGAAAAAAAUUACAUUAUUAUCACCUUUACUAAAAACAACAAAAGAAAUAGACAACUAUGUUUCUCAAAAUUUUGGUAGUAAUGAUACAGCCUCACCUGAAUACAUAAAGGCUUCGUGGUUUGCUAUAGCAAACUUAUAUUUUACCGCUCAUGACUAUAAUAAAGCGGAAAAAUUCUUACUUCAACUAUUAUAUUAUCAGCCAAAUGAUAUAAAAGCAAACGAACUAUUGGCUAUUGUAUAUAGAAAACAUGAUAAUUUAGAAUCUGCUUUAGAAUAUUACGAAAGUUCAUGUUCUUCUUCUUCUUAUAAUAAUAAUAACAAUCUAGAAAAAUUAUUGGAUGAAUAUAUAGAUCAAGUUGAAAAAUGGGAAGAAACUUCUUUACUCAAUCCUCAAACAUUAGGCCAAUGGUCUAAAUAUCGAAAGGAAUACAAAUCAAGAAUUUUAAGGCACGAUGAUAAAAAUCAAAUUUUAUUAAAUAAUGCAUAUGAAGAUUUCAAAAGUUGUCUUUCUUAUAAAAUUGACAAAUUUCCUGAUCCAUCAUCAUCAGCAUAUCCACCUACGACAAUAAAUCAUUUUGUUUACUUGAUGUGUCAACGAUUAAGUGAUGUUUCUCAUCGUUUUUUGACACUUUUAAUGUGUUUUGAUUAUAAUUGGUUAAACAAUGAAAAAAAAUACAACCAAAAAAUUCUAAGAUCUCAAAUUAUUAGCAAUAAUGAAGAAGGAAAUAAUUUAACUGAAAGUUAUGGUAAAGAUUUAAUUAAAAAAGAAGAGUUGGAUUUGUUAAAAUGGAUGAGUAAAUAUUCGCAUCAAUUUGAUAUGAUUGCAAUAUGUUGUGCACCAUAUGAUUUAAAGCGGUUUUUAAUGGGAUCAGCUUGGCACUUUGAAUCAGGAACAUUAUUAAACAAAUGGCUAAAAUAUUUAUUUCCAAACUUACAAAAUCGUCCUCCUAACAACAACUACAUAAAUGAAUUAUUAUCACUAAACACAAAAAAUGAACAAGAUAUUGAUAAUAUUGAAGAAUUGAAAAGUCAAAAACAACAAAAAGAUUUAGAUGAUUUAACUAAUUUAUUUCUUAAUUUAAUUAUUACUAAUACACCAAAACAUAAACAAUACGAAGAUAAUCAAAAGAAAAUAAUAAUGCCAACUUUAAUGGAUAUAGAAUUGUUUUUAUUAAUUUUAUUAAUUCAACAACAAUAUCAUUGCGUUUAUAAUGAAAAAGGUGGAGACGGAGCAAAUAAUUUAGGGGAAGUUUUAUAUUUGGUUUCACAUAGUGGUGGUAGUGGUGGUAGCAGUAAAAAGAAUAAAAAUAGCGGUUGGUGUCCUACAGAAAAUCAUUAUAAAUUUUGGAGAACUUUAUUAUCUUUACAUGAUAAGCGAGUGUACACAAAUGACCUAAUGUCUAAUGAUGAUUUUAAAAAAUGUCUUGGAGAAAUACGUGGUAUUAUUGAUUUUAAAGAAUAUGAUUAUAAUGGACAACAAUUAAAAUCUAUUUUGAAUAUACAAAAAGAUUUGUUUCAAUUAAUGGCCAAUAUCUUUGAGAAAUUGUAUGAAAAUAAAAUUGUUAAAAGUGAUUUCGAAGUAAAACAUUGCACUGCAAUUAGAAAUAAUGGCGAAGAUGACUUUUAUCAUGUUAACAAUGAUGAUGUAAGCAGCAACAAUGAUAAACAAAAAGAAAAAUUUAAUAUUUCCAAUAAUAAAUUCAGUAAAAAUAUUAAAAAAAGAUUCUUGAUUCUUGAUGACACAAUUAAUAAACCAGGAUAUAAAAUUUAUCUCUGA